GCCUGGCACCGUCGUUACUGGUUUUUCGGCGCAAGGAGGCAGAUACUACAAUUUUGCUAUGUCUGACAACGGUGGCCCCCCUUCUGUCCAGACUAGCCGGGUCAAGAGGCAAAGCAUCAUUAUCAGUGUGAACACAAAAGAUCAAACUUCAGUGAAGAAGUUAUCAUCAACAGCUUCAGGCAGACGAAUGAGUGUCACAAGCACAAUGCUAGCCAGCAAAGUUGGGUCAUUGGCUCGCAGGAGCAUUGUGAUGGCUUCAGAGGCAAAGUCUGCAGAUAAGAGUUCUCUAGCAAGCAGUAAACCUCUUGUACAGGUUUUUGAUGAAUAUGGAAGAGAUGUAACGCCACGUCCACUUUAUCGCCCAGAACCAAGUGCUGCCAUACACAGACAAAGCAAAAUCUUGACAGUGCAAGAUUUUGCAGGAGUGACUCAAAAUGAAUUCUUAUCUUCCCUCUCUCUACAACAAACAUCGGGCACCAGCAUUAGCUUAGCAGGCCCAUUCUCUAGGACAUAUGGUAGUGGCAGUAUUACAAAAUCAACCACUUCUACUGAAUCAAUGGCUGAAGAAAUCGUAGAACCUGGCUAUAGACGAGAAAUAACUGCUAGCUUUACAGAGAUCAUAGCCACUACCUGGGAUUUACAUGAUUCCUUUAAUGCUCUGGAAGUGGCAUCACUAGAAAAAACCAACAGACCACUAAGUGGGAGUAGCAGUAAAUCAGCUGGGUUCAAAGACCGUGACAAAACAAUGUCUUCUGUGGACAGAGAGAGCAGUGGAUCCAGUUCUAUCAUUGACCUUGAAAGUGUAAUUCUGUCCCACAUACAUGAAGAAGAAGAAGAUCACGCAGAAGCAAUACUAAAAUCAGAAAAAUUUCAUCAAGAUUUAUUUUACAUGGAGAGGGUCCUAAUGGAGAAUAUUUUCCAGACUAAACUUGCAGCUUAUCGGCAGCUUCCUGUCCUCAUAGAGCCAGAUAUGAAUCCUGAACUCAGUGAAUCUGAACAUGAUGUUACAUCCGAAAAGGAAGCUGAAGAGGUGGCAAAAGAAGAGGAAAAAGAAGAGGCAGAAGAAGAAGAAGAGGAAGAGACACUGUCUGUUAGGUCAUCACUGCUGUUAGAAUUUGGUGAAGGGCAAAAAGAUAUCCCACCACCCUAUAUGGAAGCCUUGUGGCCCUACGGAUGUGAUUUGACUAAAGGCAACAGUGUCACCUGUAUGGCAUGGAACAAGCUGAAUCCCGAUCUUCUGGCUGUUGGUUAUGGGCAGUUUCGGUACAAAGAACAGAAGAAAGGCUUGGCUUGCUGCUGGUCAUUGAAGAACCCCAUGUGGCCAGAGCGUAUCUACCAUUGUAUUCAUGGGGUAACUGCGUUGGAUUUCUCAGCAGCCAAUCCAAACCUCCUAGCAGUUGGAUUGUUCAAUGGAACUAUUGCUGUCUACAAUGUCCAGUCCCAUAAUUCCACUUCUGUUUUGGAUACCAGUGAAUCUUAUGAUAAACACUUAGGCCCCGUGUGGCAGCUGAAGUGGGUAGAGCAGGACAGGGGGACUACAGGAGAAGACAAAGGGGAGAUACUUGUCUCCAUAUCAGCAGAUGGCAGAAUAACCAAGUGGUUUGUUCGAAAAGGGUUAAGCUGCACUGAUCUGAUGAAACUAAAACGAACAGCAGGUGAAAGGAAAAAGGGAGUAGAAAGGAAAUCUGAAGCACUGAUAUCUCGACAAGCUCCAGGACUAGCCUUUGAUUUUCAUCCAAAGGACACGAAUAUAUAUAUGGCUGGAACUGAAGAAGGCUAUAUUCAUAAAUGUUUUUGUUCUUAUAAUGAGCAGUAUUUAGAGACCUACAGAGGACACAAAGGCCCCGUGUACAAGAUAGCAUGGAAUCCAUUCAGUACAGAAGUGUUUUUAAGUUGUUCAGCUGACUGGAGUAUUAUCUUAUGGCGCCAGGAUUCAGUUCGCCCUGUUUUGGCUUUCAGUUCUACUACCAAUGUUAUUUACGACAUCAUGUGGUCUCCUAAUUCAGCAUAUGUGUUUGCAGCAGUGAAUGAGACUAGAGUGGAAAUCUGGGAUCUUAGUGUCAGCACACUGGAUCCCCUGAUUGUGAAUCCUGCCACUGGAAAUUUGAAAUUCACAACUGUACUUUUUGCUAAAAAUACAGAUUGUCUUCUGCUUGGGGACAGUGAUGGAUUUGUCACUGUGUAUGCACUAAGAGAUAUGGCAGCCCUGGACAGAAAGAAGGUUGAUGUUUUGCAUGAUAUGAUUGGCUCUAAUCUAAUCAGUCCAUAA